CACACUGCGGGCCUGCAGUUUAUGGAGCAGGGUUUAUGGAGCAGGAUGACUGAACUGUUUCAUCGACCAGCUGGUCUUCCAUUCUCAUUCACGACUAUUGAUUUGCAUAAUCAUCUCAGAUGCCAUCAUGGUGUGCCGAUGGCUAUUGGGGAUAGUUGUAGCCCAGCUCUGCGAUGGCAAGGCAACCCGUAUGCCCUACGUUAGUCCUUUGUGCUAUGCUUGCAAUCAUUCCGUCAGGCUCAGGUUACUCCACAGGGUUCGAUUUAACACCUAAACAUAUUACAACAAUUCCAACCUGUCGAUCCCGGCCGAUGAGCUGUGGUUGGCAAGAGGUUUCCGACCUCUCGCCAAAUUCUGAUUCUACUCGGGAUGACUUGCAAUUUUGUCGUCCAGCUCCGAGUCAGCAAGGCAACUUGAAGACCACGCGCCUCAAGUCGACGGAGCAUAGCGUCAAGGGUAGGUCACAUUUGAUCGCGCGUGUCCCGUUUUUGACGUUCUUUUUUCAGUCACAAACGAUGUCUCUGUACGUCGUGGGCUCGUGGCGGUGAAGUGUCACCGAACCAUUGAUUUUUACCAACUGCA